AUGAUGAUUCACGACAACAAUAGUCCAUUGAAUGGUCACAACACUGUAUACUCUUCGCGCACAUUACUGAAGCCAAUAAUACAUAGUAUACAAAAAUCAAAUUAUAAAGUACAAUCUCUAACGGGUGUAAAGUUAGUGAAUACAUAUCGGUGUAAAUAUAGCUAUGCGUUCACAAAAUCCAACGAAUCGCUGACUCCGACAACAAUCGGACAAUUGUUGGAGAAGAGAGCCGUAGACUCGGCCGACACUAUGGCCUGCGUUUCGAUGCAACAAAAUAUUAGCAAAACUUAUAGACAAUUGAAUGAAGACGUAAAUAAAUUGGCGAAAGGUUUGCAGAGCAUUGGUUGUGUCAAAAGGACUCGAGUGGGCAUUUGGUCCCCCAAUUGCUACGAAUGG